ACAAGCCAGUAGGAAUACGUCAAAGAGAAGUUCAAACGUCGUGGCUUAUAAAUUUCACCAGGCUCUACAGUGAAGAAACUUCUGAACAUAAAUUAAAUUGUUGUACAAUUUGUAGGAAACACCAACAACUUGAUGAUCAAAAUCUUACUCAAUUGAUGGCAAAUUAAUAGAUAGAAGUGACUCUUUGGUGGCCCAUCAAUGUUCUGCAAAACACCAAGCUUGUCAGAUGAAAGAAAAUAGUAAAAGUAAACAGGUGUCGGAGGAAAUUGACAAAACUAAAAAAUGGCAGCAAGGGCAACAAAGGACUGGCGUCUGGACUGUAAAGUAUAUAUUGGUGAUUUAGGUUACGGUGCUGCUAAACAAGAAAUAGAAGACAUGUUUCAGAGAUAUGGACCGCUAAGAAAUGUAUGGGUUGCUCGAAACCCUCCAGGUUUUGCAUUUGUUGAAUUUCAAGAUCCCCGUGAUGCUGAAGAUGCUACGAAGGCUCUUGAUGGCACGAGAGUAAAUGGUAGAAGAGUAAGAGUAGAAAUGUCAUCAGGGAAAUCCCGCUGGGGCAAAGACGGUCCUCCUAAACGUGGAGGAGGGUAUAGGGAUGACUGGAGACAAGGUGGUGGCAGAGGAGGUGGUUAUAGUGGAAGAGGUCGUUCAAGGGCCUCUCUCUUUGUCUUCAAACAAGUCAUCAGGCAACACAUCAAAUCACAACCUCCUCACGUCUCAACGUUGACAUCUUAUCAACUGUAGCUCUGGGUCAACGCUAUCAACAAGACCAUGUAACAACUGACUCCUCAGCCAACGCUUUUUCAGCAAAGUUUGAUUGACAGAUACCAAAUCUGUCAAUCAUCUCUAAUAACAACAAGCACCUCUAAUAUGGGCUCUCAGCUUCAUCUCUUGACCACACCCUGCUAAUGCAUGGGUUAAAACAUGGAAAAAUUGUCACCUCAUCUGACAUUAUCAUCAUGGAUUAGGGUACCAGUUCAUGUAAAUUAUAAUUUUUUCAGCAGAAGAAAGUUUUAGUGUGUUUUGAAUCUAACAAAGUUAGUCCUGUUUUGGUUGCCUUACUAACACUCAUUUGCCAUGGUAAAAUAACUUGAUGCAGAAUCUUUGGUUGACGAUGUUGACAAAAUGAAAUUGGCAACAUUUCAGCACACAUUUGUUGAAAGAUCAUGGAUCAAUGAAUUAGUUUGAGGCAAAUGCAAUGUAUGGAUAUGUUUAAAUUUAAAAUGUAUUUUACAACUCAAUAGAGACUUGCCAAAUUCUCCCAAAAUCUUUAAUAUAGGACAAAAUACACUAUCAAUUAUAUUGUUAUAGCCUGUUUUAUUUGGUAUAUUUCACUGUAUCUGCAUCAAGUUUAUUCAUGAUGAUGCCAUUGUUAUAUGUGUUUUAGUUAUUUUCCAGUUAUUUAUUUUUUUAUUUAUUUAGGUACUAAUUGAAGUCAUAUGAAACUUCAAAUUUAAAAAAAAGUUGAAUAUGUUUUAUAUACUUGAAUAGCAGUUUUACUAUAAAACAAGUGUACAUUAACGUUCUUGUAAAAGAAAAUCCUUUAUAUUAUCAAUAUCUUCAUAAAUGUACUGCUAUUGAAUUAUUGUCCUACCUGACACUUAUUCGCUGGUAUGUUCCCAUAUGUAGUGACCUUAUCUAUGAGACCUCUCGUUAGAACUUCUGCCUCUGCACAGGGCAAGUGCAAGGGUAAAAAUGUGAUGAAGAAAGUAAACAAACAUGCACUGGAAGGUGAAUAUCAAUAACUGAUCUUAAAGAAUUUAAUACAACAUAUCAAUUAAAAACUGUUAUCGAAAAGUUUAAUUCAUAAAUGGGAAUGCAUGGAAAAUAUAAGAAAAAAAUAUCAUGGCUCUAUCAAUUCUUUAUUUGUCACAUGCAUCACAUGAUCUGUAUUGAUUGUUUAUCAAUGUUACCAUGGUUACAAUCUGUUAAACUUUGGCAACAAACUUGAAAGUUAAUUAUCUUGAGAUCAACAAUCAAAGAAUGAAAUAUUAUUUGUUGAUAAUACAUGUAUGUUAAUUUAUAGAUUCAUAAUAAAUAUAAAAUAUAUGCAUGCUAUGUUUGAAUAGUUUUGAAACAUUGGAAUUUAAAGAAACUCGUUUCAUAUGACUUUAACUUAAUUGUUAGUUUGGGAGAGGAUUUCGUUUCACAGUUAGGCCUAUUCAUGAAAUAUAUCUGAAAAUGUUGGUUUCAUUAUGGAAGUAAUUUGCUGUGUUGGUAUUUUGGGCAUAAAUUAGCAAGGUAUCUGUUAUCAAGAGGAUACAGAUAUUGUUUAUACAUGUAUUUUGAUAUUUAUAUAGAUAAACAUAUUUCCUUUAUACAUGCACAUAAUUUAUAAAGAAGCAUCUGUAAGGGGUUUUCAAGGUAAAGUUACAUGAACAGAUUGGUUUGCACAGUGUAAAGUUGUGCGUAUUUAUAUCCCUUUGGGUUUAAAUAACCUUGAGGUAGAGGGAUAGAGUUUAUAGUUUUAUCAUCAACAAUGAUCAAGGUUCUGUUUGAAUAAUGACAAUUAAAAAAAAAAAAAUUAAAAAUGAACUUUUUUCGACACUGUUGGUAAAAAGAUAAUGCAUUAAUGUUAUUACACAUCCAUGGAAAAAAGAGGCAUAAGCUAUCAAAGGUGCACUUUUUAAUUUAAUUUAAUUUUUUAGAAAGUAACUUGCCCUCCUGUUAUGUACAUAUUUCAUAACACAGAUAUCAUGUAUAAAAUAACAAUAGACAACUUUCAAGUUCGAUGCAUUUCCGUCAAAAAAUCUGGUUUUAGUGAACAUCAUUCGUGCGUUUAGGGGCAUCAUCACUUCCGUUCCAAUGUUGAGCGAGUGGUUGGAAAACUAUAAUGCUAUAUUGCACGAAUUAUUCGGCAAAUUAAAUUCUCAUAAUUAACAAUCAGCACUGCUGUCAUUAGGGAAUUGUGAUUAAGUACUUACAAAACAAACAUUAUUUCUAGUUUAUCCUGCACAAUGACGAUCACUUAGACACUUGAUGAACGUUAAUAGUGCAGGGAUACAGGCGAUCCCCUCUAUCUGGUAAAUGACGUCAUAAAGGCACUCAUAAUUGACGAGUUUUUUCCGGUGAAGGAUGAACUCGAAAGUGGUCUAUUGCUUUUAGUUUUCAAUCUCAAAUCAAUGAUUUGUACCACUUUUUCUACUACAUUAGAACAAUCAUUCAAUCUGUUAAACAAAAGAAAAUAAUGAUAUGGUAGGAAAAUAACUUUGAAAUGUUUACUUUGUUCUAGAAGCUUUCCAGGUUGUGGUUAGUGUUUCUUAGUGAUAAGAAAAUGCCUUUUCAGGAGUAAGCUUUCCCUAAUAAAUCUUGAAAUUUGUACAUCUGAUUGUGUUGCAAUUAUCUUGCCUUUUUAUGAAUGUAAUCUAUUGAUGGAGCGUUUGUGUUUAGUCAGUCUCUAUUUUAUACUUU